UCAAUGUAAUUAAUUUAAUUUAAUUAAAAUGUUUGUUUAGUGUUAUUAAUUUAGAUUUAUAGAUAAUAAUAUAUAGUUUGUAAGAUAGAGAAGAUAGAUUUCUUAGUAACUCCUGCGGGCUGAUAUCGAAAGUCCACCAAGCUCGAGUCUGUUUUAUUUGUUGGCCUGCCGCUAUUGUACUAGCUAUCGCGUCAGGUGGAUCAGCGUGGUUCGCCAAUAGGUUUUUCUCCCAUCAUCAGUCAACAACCAGCGGCUGUGACCGACUACCCGUGUUCUUCGGACCACCACAGUGCCGCAGAAGAUGCUUCAGUGCCAUAAUGUCCUAGUACUACCAUUCUUAGUCGUCUUCAGCAUUUUUUCAUGUAACGGUCAAGAUUUCGGCUACGAUGGUUCGGAAGGACCUAUCCAUUGGGGUGAAAAGUAUCAGCAAUGCGUCGGCAAACACCAAAGUCCUAUAGACAUAGAAUCACAGAACGUCAUAGAAAAAUCGUUUCCUCCAAUAGUUUACGAUGGAUUCGACCAAAACCUCGAGCAGGUGAAUGUCACAAAUAAUGGCCAUACAGUGAUGCUGUCGAUCACAAAAGGCGAACCCCCAACGGUUAGCGGGGGGCCUUUAUCAGGAACAUACGCCUUCACGCAGUUACAUUUUCAUUGGGGCCAAAACGACUCCUUGGGAUCUGAGAAUCAGAUCAAUCAUCAAAGCUUUCCAUUGGAGCUUCAUGUUGUCCUGUACAAUAUACAGUAUGAAACAUUUAAAAACGCUUUAGAUUACGAAGACGGACUGGUUGUUCUGUCAUUUUUGUACUCGGUGUCACACACAAGCAACUCCAAGUACAACCAGUUCGAGGAGGCUCUGGAUGCCGUCCGGGACAUUCUUGCCAGCAAGGAAAUCGACAAUUUCGUGUCACUGGACGAUUUCGUGGGCAUUGACAGGGGAGCCUACUUCACCUAUGCAGGAUCUUUGACAACUCCGCCAUGUUCUGAAGUUGUCACGUGGAUAGAGUAUCAGAAUACUAUUCCGGUGUCUAGAGAACAGAUACACAACUUCCGGUUGCUGUACAGCCACGAAGGACACCUCACGCACAACUUCAGGCCUGUACAGGAGCUACACGACAGAUCAAUCUACUUCAACAGAAGCGACAGCGUCUACAGCCAGAAUCUCAACACAGUAUGGGCAUUAGUUAUUGUGUUUCUAUGUGAUAAAAUAUUUAAUAUAAUUUAAGACUAAUAAUACGUGUAAUAUAUUGUUGAGUGUAAAUAAAGAACUAUUUAUUUUCAA